GCCUCCUCAUUUGUCGCCUUUUGAAGUUUGUCGCUAGCUAAACCCGACUCCAAUUCCCAGGCUCCAGCAUUUCAUCUGAUCUGUCGUUGGCUGGCAGCACGGCAUUUGCACUACAGACGACGAAGCCAUUCUAGAGAGCUGAAGAAAGACCACCCGCUUCUGUCGCCUGCUGGCAUUGUAUUUUGUGGGGUGAAAGAGGUGCUGCUUUUUCGGGGAAUGAGGACUCAAAAGACACAAGUUGUUCAAGACUCUGAAAACACAGGGGGGCAGGGAACUGGGGCGCCAGAUCUCAGAAUGGCGCCCGCUUUUGGAGACGCGUGGGGGCGGGCGGCCAAGCCGACGAGCCUUGUGGGCGUCUGCGCAAUGUGCUUGGUUCUCUUUGCCAUCUCGCAACUCCCCCUUCGGCUGUCCUUCUCCUCAGACCGACAGGCGCAAAUCUAUUCUAGCGUCGACUCGUCCCUCUUCCAAGGGUUCAUCAGCAACCAUUGUGGCCGGCCUUUUGCAAACGGGGUCAAGUGCAGAUCUGGGGGGGACCAGGGGACGGCCAUUGUGUUUUUAGCUGCCUACACAAAGUUCCCCCCCGGAACGCCGCUCGGGGACCUCUUUUACCUAAAGGCAGUGCUGGUGGCCCGGAUCUCGAACCCCACCGCGCCUAUCAUUUUCCUGCUGCCGAAGGAGGUCAUUACGCGGCACCCUGAAAUGAUUACGCUUCUGGGGACGUACCGGAUCAACAUCCGGUGGAUUGACGACCUGGAACAGGGCCCAUUGUUCAAAACGUUCGACCAGAAGCACAAAGCGUACUGCAAGCGGCUCAACAUCACGACCUGCUUCUGGGAUUUGAUGUACACGCGUUUCGGCAUGGCGGCACAGAUCCUGCGAGCGGAGGGCUACCAACGAGCUCUCUUCCUCGACAACGACGUCGGCCUUUACGAAGACAUUUCCUUCUUCACGCGGUUCCCCGAGGGGUGGGUCUCGGCAUUCGACUGGACGACACAAGUCGCGCUCUGGGACGUUGAAACGAUGGAGAACUUCUUCUACUGGCUGAUGCAUUAUUUUGACACGGAGCCUGCGCCGGUGACGGAAGACCCGGGCGAUAUGAUGGGCGCCCGCCUGUUUUUGCGGCGCCACCCGCAGCGGUCGCGGCGGAUUCUUUGCGGACCUGGGGAGUCCCUCCUCUGUGGCAAUGGGCCUGUUUUCCAAGCGAUGGAGUCCAUUCAGCAUGUCAACUGCGACCUGGUUAACCAAACCUCGUGCCCGCUUCACAACUGCGGCGACCAGUUUGAGAAAAUGAUCAUCUGGAAGCAAGAUAACCAGGACCGAUACAUCCCGUUCCUAAACGGGACCAUACAACUGCCCAUCAUCCACUUUGGGGACGCUUGCGAGCCGGCAAUCAACACGAAGAUGUACCCUGUCACGCUAACCGGGCUUGAACCAACCACAAACGCAACCUACUGAAUUGAAAUUGUUGACUGACACGGGUCGUAGCCCCUCCUGACACCUAGGCAGAGGUGGAGUGGAGCAGUUAGGAUGAAAGCAAGACAGAUGAAGUUUUCGAAAACGGCGAGCUGACCGGACGCUUAAGUUAUUGAGUCUUGCAUUCUCAUUGGUACAACAUUUCAAGGUACAAGAUUGUCCUUGUAGCAAAGAGGCGGGGUUACAGCGGCUAGAAUUGAGUGAACGUUCUGGAAGAUACGGUAGAUCCUACGUGUUGUAGCGCGUGCAAAGCAGAGAAUAAGAAAGAUCAUAUGAAUCGCAACGAACUUAGUGCGCCGCCAAGCCUUGUGCCGUAUGCAGUGACAGUUCGAGGAGACCGGACGGGUGACCUCAUUUUAUAAUCCACAGCCUACUAAGCUAUAGCAUAUCGGAGGCGUUGCAUUGAAAGUUACAAUAUAUGCAGCG